AUGCUAUCAUUCAAACCGUUCAUUUUAAUAUGUUUAAUACUUUUGGGAUACUCGACCGUCCUUGGUCAGAGUAAUAAUACUAAUAAUUGUGGUAACCCAAUAAAUGAUCCUUGCCUCAUGGCUAAUAAAUCAUUAAGCAUUUGUGGUGGGACACUAGUAAUACCAACUAAUACGUUAAAUAAUACUUCUACCGUUUUGGUAGUAACUGAUAAAAGAUUAGCUAAUUGUCAGUGUAAUCAACAAUAUUAUACAAAUCUUACACAAUGUUUAGCUUGUUAUAAUGUUAAUAAUAUUGGGAACGUUUCUAUCGCUAAUUUGAAUGAUUAUAAGUCUGCAUGUACUAAAUUGGGUGUACCGUUUACUGCUGUUAGUCCAGUUUUACAACCAGACACAACUGCUGGUACAGCAAAAAGAGUUCUAAUUGGGGUAAUUGUAGGUUUGGUCGGUAUAAUGUUGAUAGGUGUAGGUCUUUGGCUAUUUUGGCGUAAAAGCUCAAGUCACCCAAAAUUGGAUAGCGCUCCUCCUCCUGAUCUGGAUCAUGAUCAAUAUAUCCCUCCUCCACCUAUAUCUACGACUGAAGCAAACACAGAAGUGGUUCAGCCUACUUUACCCACUGUACCUCUAUACGGUAGUGGCCAACCUGGACAAUACUUUGGUGCUGGUAUACCAUCUUCUCCUCCCCCUGAUCGAUACAACCAAUAUUAUACUAGUCGACCAUCUCCUCCACCAGGACAACAAGCUUCAUAUGGAGGCGUUCCUCCAAGACCUUCAUCUCCAUCACAAAGUCAACAUCCGUCAUAUUACAGCGUUAGUAGUUCUCAGCCAAUUUUACGUCCAUCUUCGGGUGAUAGUAUGACGGGUAAUUACUCACAGCAGCAACAUUAUUCUGGACAAUUUGGUGGAAUACCUGAACAGGAACAAACUGAUA